ACAAUGCGUGUGCGGCGGGCUCCGCCCCGAGGAGGGUUGGGCGCCGAGCCCUCGGCCAGCCCACUGGAGGCGGCUCCGGCCGCGGGGAGCCGGGGACGCUGCUGGCGGCUUCAGUGCAGGGAAACUCCGGGCGAAGGCGAGAGCGGGCGCCCCGCUGCCCUCCUCCCCCCCGUCCCUGUCAAUGGCCCUUCGGAGCGCCGCGCAACUCCGCGCUCCCCGGGCGUCGUGCGCCAGAGCCUUUUGCGCGGCUUGAGCGGCUGAGGCAGUGAUGGGCAACACGGCGCACAAGACUCUGCCAGAUACCAACCAGCAGGCUCGCUCAGUAUCCCACAGGCCUUAUUACGCACUGCCUAACGGUAGUCAUGAGAGGCGGUCUGUCCUCACUAUUACUGAGCCUCCACGAUUCCACUUUCAGGCCAAAGGAAAAAACAUACGUCUGGAUGCCCAUGCCCGCAAGGCCACCAGGAGGAACAGCUUCUGCAACGGCAUCACUUUCACCAACCGACCCAUCCAUCUAUAUGAGAAAGUGCGACUCAAGCUGAUGUCUGUGCACCAUGGGUGGAGUGGGGCAUUGCGCUUUGGCUUCACCACUCACGAUCCAUCACAGAUGAGUGCAGAUGAUAUACCAAAAUAUGCUUGCCCAGACCUGGUAACACGGCCUGGCUACUGGGCCAAAGCUCUGCCAGAGAGGUUUGCACUAAGGGAUAACAUCUUGGCUUUCUGGGUUGAUCGCCAUGGGAGAGUUUUCUAUAGCAUUAAUGAUGAGGAGCCAAUACUUUUUCAUUGUGGCGUCAAAGUCUCCGGACCUCUCUGGGCGCUGAUAGACGUCUAUGGAAUCACCCAUGAAGUGCAAAUACUUGAUAGCAUGUUUGCGGAGACCAUAACUUCUACACGCCUCAGCAGCGCACGCCUCAGCACUUGCUUUCCACAAAGCAGCCAUGAUUCAGCUAACUUCAACAACAACGAACUAGAGAACAACCAAGUGGUGGCCAAAAUUGCCAAUCUGAAUUUGAGCCGUGUGCCUGGGCUGCCGACAGAUAACCACACCAUUCCUUGCUGCCCAAGCAGACGGCAGCUUGCCCAAGUGGUGCCUGCCUUUCUGGAUACCGAUUUGCGUUUCCACCCAACCCGAGGGCCUGACGUUAACUUUUCUCAGGACCGGAUGACUGCCUGCACCAAUUGGCAAGAGAGCAAUAGAACUUUGGUGUUUUCUGAUCGGCCUUUGCACAUUGGCGAGAACCUCUUUGUGGAAGUGGGACACCUUGGGCUGCCGUAUUAUGGGGCCCUAACAUUUGGCAUCACUUCUUGUGAUCCAGGUACAUUGCGGACAAAUGACCUCCCAGCAGAUCCAGACUUUCUUCUGGAUCGCAAGGAGUACUGGGUGGUUUAUCGAGGAUUCCCAGUCCUCAAUAAUGGUGAUGUCCUCAACUUUGUAGUUUUGCCAAAUGGAGAAGUGCACCAUGGAAUAAAUGGGAUAAAUCGUGGGAUGUUGAUGUUCGUGGACAUCUCACAGUCUCUGUGGAUAUUUUUCACAAUCCAUGGCGUAAUCAAUCAGCUCAAAAUACUAGGCACUGUGCAGUCCAGCCCUGUGACUGUCUCCCCCUCAGGAUCCCCAGGAGGCUCCCAAUACGACAGUGAUUCAGACAUGGCUUUCAGUGUGAACAGGUCCUCCUCAGCUUCAGAGUCAUCCCUAGUGACUGCUCCAAGUUCUCCUCUGAGCCCUCCAGUGUCUCCUGUGUUCCCACCUCCAGAACCUUCAAGCAGUAAGAACGGGGAGUGUACCGUUUGUUUUGACAACGAGGUGGAUGUGGUGAUCUACACGUGUGGACACAUGUGCCUCUGCAACACCUGUGGUCUUAAGCUGAAGAAGCAGCUCAAUGCCUGUUGCCCAAUCUGCCGACGGGUCAUCAAAGACAUCAUUAAAAUCUACCGCCCUUAACCUCACCCUGCUUUUUGGGAUGUGAAUGGUAGGGGGCACGAGAAAGAAUGUUGUUAGCAAUCACCACACCUUGCUGUCCCUGCUUAUGGGUUAUUGUGCUGGUCAGUGGUUACUGAGUGGCUCUUUUGUCUAUAUUUCCAUGUUUUGACCAGUAGGAACAAAUCAGGGAUAAUUCAGUGAACUGAGAAAUACUCUAGUCCUUGUAGAGACUGAAGGUACAGCUGCAGAAUGGGGAGAAUUUGAUAAAAAUGCUGCUCUAGUGGGUUAAAACAGCACACUGUAAAUACCCGUGCUGCAUGGAUUCCAACAGGAAAGGGGGGUUGUCUCAUGCAAUGGUUUUUAUUAAAAUACAUGAUUAUCUUGUUUCCUGAUAGAUAUUGAAGAAAUUAAUGAUCAAGUUUUAAAUUAUGAGCACCUUUUUCUUCUUCUGCUGUAAUCAAGAAGCCUGUUGGUUAGGAAAUUGGGUAGUUCCCUAUGGGCACCUUCAUGUAUGUGUUCGUGGGGAGGAGUAUGUUGAGACUGAAUUCAUCAAGUGUUUUCUGCAAAGGUCAGGGAACAAUAUGGGUUCUUUCCCCCCAACAGAGUACAGAGAAGCUGGGAUGCUGGAUGGAGCUUGCUUAUUUCAAGGCAUUGUUUUCCAUUCUAGGAUCACCAGUGGGAGUGUGAGGAAUAAGUAGGUCAGGGUCUAAUUUGCUAAGCCCUCCCUGCAGUUAGCUGAAACUGAACUUUGAAACCACCUGAGGAAGGGAAGAAGUGCAUAAGUGUUGUUGCAUGGAUUUUCAUUUCCUAAUUGGUCCACUCAUUCACAGUUGGCGCCCCAUGUCAAAGCCAAGAGCAAGACACUUGCAUAGCACUGAUGACACUAAAAUGAAGGCUUUAAAAGGUAGACAGAGUGUAACGUCAUUCCGGUCUUGUGUAAGAGAAAGGCAAAAAGCUGAGUAGAAAAAAAUUGCAUUUUCCUUCCCUGUAGGGCACAAGUUGAAACUGCCAGCUCUUAUGCUGAAGAGCUGCUAGGCACAUCUUGUGAUGGAGAGAAGUUGAUUUAUGGGAAGUAGUCAGCCUCCACGUGCAGAGGAGGAACUCUCAGUGUAACCUCAGAGUAUACCAGGGUGGCUCUGACUUGUGGAACUUAAGCAUCUGUAUGCUGUGACAUAUGGAAGUUGACAAGACUGUCAAGAGGGAGGGCCAUGGAGAAUUCAAGCUUCCAGAGAAUUCAGCCUUGCAGAGCCUCCUUAUUUGUGCAUUCUUAGCAACAGGUGAUGGAUGUUUUCCUCCAUUCCUCCCCAGGGAUUUCGUCAGAAAAGUAUGCAGCAAUGUGGGAUCUCUCAUUUCUUCCUCUUCGGGAAGUUGUCUCUCACUCCACUAAUGAAGCAUUUUGUUGGAAUGAAAAGGACUUUUUUUCCCUUGGCGUUGCUUGCUGUAAAAAAAUUUUGCACGCUAUUGUUAGAUGCUGGGCUUGAAAGGUAAAUCAAUUUUGGUUGUGAUGGUAGCCAGGUCUGAACUGCUGCUGCCUCAGUAGGAUCUGAAAUCUGCAUUGCAGCUUAGGGAAGGGAUACUGUGGGGACCAAAAAACAACAACUCUCCCCCCAGUUACUGAAUGUCUGUUCUUAAUCAGGCAUGUUGUGGUAGAAUCAUAUGGCAGUGCCCGGGACUGUGACCAUUCUUUCACUAAUCCCUAGUGCUAGACAACCUGUCCCUUUCUACUCAGCAACAGCCUACCGAGAAGAAAUGCUAAUGACUUAGAUUUAAAAUAUGACAGCUGUCUCUACCUUGACAACAGUGUUGCAUUCCACUGUGAAACAGAUGCUGUCUAAAGCUGAAAUCCUUGGAUUUCCACUGAUUUAUGGCCUUAGACUGUGAUCCACAGCACCGAAGCAGCAGCUCAGAGGCUCCACCUUCACCUUUUUCCACUUGGCACAAGGGAAAAGAUACUGGUUUCCCUUCAAGACAGUGCCAGGAGCCGACCAUGGCCCAGCACGCCAGGCUGCUACGGGUUUUUCUCAAAGUUCUGGCAUAGCACGUGUAUUUUAGGGCCAUUGUGCCUCUCUUGUCAGCAAGGCAGCAGGAGUUUCUCUUUCCUCUUUUAAUGGCAUCCUACAAGGCUUUAUAUAGGUUAUAAAAGAGAUGAAAAUCAGUUCAAGCUUUGUCCGUCUAGGGUAUGUUAUGGAGAUUUCUUGGUAGCCGAGGAUGUUCCUGUUGCUCUGCAGGACUUUAAGGAAACUAUUUCAGUUUGGUAACUGUGGCAUGUUGAGAUACAAAGUCUGUCUUAGGUUUGCUAUGGUCAUUUGUAUAACAUAGCUGGAGAGGUUAUGCCUAUUAGACAACAUAGCAUUGUUCUUGCUCAGAAAUCAAGUUUUAAUUAUUUUAAACCUUCAAUUCUUGAACAAAUGGCUGUGUCAGAAUACUUAUAUUGUUCAUGGGUUUCACUGGAAGUUUGUCAGGUGUCAGUGAGGCAUAAAAUUGUGAUCGGUUACAGUCACACAUGAAGAUAAGAUAGUUCAGUGGCAUUAACAAAGACAAAAAACGCCUUCUCCCAAGUUUUUUGAGAUGCCAUUAAUAUCCUGGGGCAAGAGGAAAAGUCUUCAGCUUUCACGUGGUAUCAGUUAAAACAUUGCUGCAUGAUGCACACAGACCUUACAAAUGUCCUCAUUGCACUAGAAAAAAGUAAGGACAGUGAGAUUAGCUGCAGAGCAAAGUUGACGGUUGGUUGUCUGUAUCUGUCUUGCAAGAAGGUGAAUGCCGGUGGCUUCAGCAGACACCUCCAGAAAAGGUUCAUCUUCACUCUUAAGUUCAGCGCAAAACUGGCUUCAGAACCCACCAGAGAUUACUUUUUGAGGGACACUGAUUGUAAUAAAUAAAUAUGCCACUACUAUUGUAUAUUGUGGAAAGGCGAUUGACUAGGCAGUAUUGUGAUGUAGUGUGUCUUCAAAGUGUCAAGCUGUGGAAUUCCCCCCUCCCCUUGCUUUCGUGGACAUGUUUCAUGUGCAAGCUGAGAUGUUGGUAGAGAGAACUGAGAGGUAUGGUGGAUUGGAUUCGACUGCUCUGUGACCACUUUGGUCAGUCAACUGCAUGAUCUCUGUUGAAAAGUGAGAGAGAGCAUCACAGAGAGAAGACUGUUACAUGAAAACAACUGUAGAUUUCAGAACAGCGUGCUUUCACAAUAGCAGUAACACUUUAGAACUCUUAACUGUAGGAACCAAAGAUUUUUACCCAUUUAUGAAACUUUCUAGACCAAACCAGCAACAAAUAAUACAUUGACCAUGAACUAUUGGUCAUGGAAGCAGCUGUGUGAUGGAUAAUGUGCUCUGAAGCCCCUUUGCUCAGUAUGUGUCUAAUGGUUUCUAACGGUAUGAUCGCAGCCCCUGGCACCAUAGAUCUUGACAUGAGUUUAUCCCUAUUAUCCUAAUUCCAGCCUGUAUACCAGAAGGCCACAAGAUGAUUAUAGAAUCAUAGAGUUGGAAGAGACUACAAGGGCCAUCAAGUCCAACCCCCUGCCAUGCAGGAACACACAAUCAAAGCACUCCUGACAUGUGAUCAUCCAGCCUCUGUUUAAAAACCUCCAAAGAAGGAGACUGCACUUUGGUCAUCUGCUCCAGGAAGGCAUCAUCCAACACUUCAGUCUGGCUUGAGGGUCUGUAGUAGACCCCCACAAUGAGAUCACUGUUGUUUUUCUCCCUCUUAAUUUUUACCCAGAUCCUCUCAACCUGGUUCAAAGGAUUUAAGUCAUGGGCCUGCUUAUGGGUGUAAUCAUCCCUGACAUAUAGAGCUACUCCCCCGCCUUUCCUAGUUGAUCUAUUUCUCUCAAAUAGGUUGUACCCCUCAAUUAUUACAUUCUAGUCAUGAGAUUCUUCCCACCAGGUUUCAGUGAUGUCUGUUGUAUCAUAUUGAUUAUGCCGUGUUAAGAGUUCCAAUCCAUCCUGUUUAUUACCCAUAUGUGCAUUUAGUGUAAAGACAUCUAAGGCUUUGGUUCAUGCCCUGUGGGUGCUUAUUUAAGGUUUUAUAAAUCAUAAUGAAUUUCAAUGGAAUCUCUUUGCAACAGCUGACACUGGUUAGUCUCAAGAAAGGUCAUAGCUGGAAAAGUGGUUGAAGAAGCUUGGCAGAAAGAAGUGAGCAGGUUUACAUUUUUGCUAGGCUAUCCCAGCCCAGCAGUUUAAUAAGUGGCAUUUUUUUCUGGGUGUUGAUUACUACCUCCAUUCUGCUGCUAUCACCUUGUGUUACUUUGGAGUGGACAAGCCAUGUUGAUUUCUUCUUUCAGAGCUGCCGAUUUGGUUCUGUCCUUUCAAAAUUUAACUGGGCAUUCUUCCUGUACUUCUGGUCUAGAACUAGUUUCUUCAAUAAAUUCAGAAUGGUAUGCCUGUUUUACUGGCUGCCAUUACAAUUGGGCUGAUGUAUGAAAAAAAAAAUGAUAGGCCUAAGAUGGUAUCAAAUUCAGUAGACCUUGGAUUCAAAGCAGAACGCACAGUGCAUAAUUCUUUCUGUUGGAAAUUAUUUCCCAAUGGGAAAGGAGCAGCAGCAGCAUCUAAGAGAGGCUCAGAGGACUUUCUUUGCCUAGGGCAAAAGUCGAUGUGGUUUGGAAGAGAAGAAUUAGCAAACAUGCAGCUGUACUUAUUCUGAUCUCACAAGGAAUUUUCAAACUUUGACAGACAAUUUUUAGGUAGUGGAGGUUACUUAGUAAUUUGUUAGUUCUUGUUAUUGCUUUUUUACAAAAAAAAUUCUGUUCAGAAGAUCUGUUUGUGCCUUAUAAGGGUGUAUGUGCACUUUUUAUCCUUUUUAAUGCUACUUUAAAAAUUGAGGGAAAAAGAACCUCACACCAAUGGUUAGUAGUUUUAUAGAAUUGUAUGUGUCCACCAAGAAUUCUGCUUUUUUGGUAUUGGAGUGAAAGUCUGUUUCCAUUGAAUUUUUGCUGGCCCUAGCCUCCCCAUUUCCUGUUUGUAUAAAAGCUUUUUAAAAUUUCCAGCUUUCUAAAAAAAAAUUUGGUAUUUUUUCUAGUUUAUGACUGUGAUCUAUACGUCACAGUCAAAACUAGAUCAGAUUUUAAUGUCUUUGAAAUAGGCUGUCACAGCAAGAUUAUUUGGGGAGGGAAGGUUGCACUUCUCUAUAUGUUAAUACGCUCUAACAUUGUGAUCUGGAUUGUGUUUGUGUAUGUGUUUAUGUGUGUGUUUUUUUAAAAAAAAUUUGGUCCGUUUUCAAUUAAUAUAAAAUUUUACCUGUUUACGAAACAAAUAAAAUAUUGGCUAGUAAA